AUGGCUGGCUUCAGUGAGAAGGAAGAGGCUCUGAUCAAAAGCUCAUGGGAGGAUUUGACCAAAAACUUUCCAACUUUUAGCUUUCAUUUCUUCACCCUGCUGGUGGAGCUUGCACCUCCGUUGAAAGACCUGUUUCCUUUUCUAAAAGGCUCAAGUAACGUUCCCAAAAAAAAUCCUCAACUAGAGGCCCAAGCCUUGAAGGUUUUUAAGUUGACUUUUGAUUCAGCAAUCCAGCUGCGAGAGAAAGGAGAGGUUGUGAUAGCUGAUCCUACAUUAAAGCAGCUGAGUUCCGUGCAUGUCCAAAAAGGAGUCAUUGAUGCCCAUUUCGAAGUGGUGAAGGAGGCACUGCUCAAAACAGUAAAGGAAGCAGCAGGAGCAGCAAAGUGGAGCGAUGAUCUGAAUAAUGCAUGGGCCAAGGCACAUGAUGCGUGGCAGCUUUAA